AUGCCUCAACGUCCCAUUGCACAUGAUGACUCGGAGUCCGAGUUAGACUACAAUGACAUAUCUGAUUUGGACAAUGCACCGGUGGCAGGGAUCUCGUCAACCACCACUCAGUCAUCGGCUUCUGUGCAGGGUGGAGACAUGGAGAUCAUUCGAAGUCUGCAACUAGAAAACCAGUCACUUAAAAAUAACAAUAGGACUCUGGGCGAGAAGAACAAAAUCUUGGCAUCCAAUCAACGUCGACGUUCGAGUGCGCAAGUUCCCGACGAGCUGAAGGCUUACGACGUUGAACUCUCAACCUUUGCUCACAAAUAUGGUGUCAUUGCUGAGAUGUUCCCACCCGAGCACCGUGUUCUCAGAUUGCUCGUGCCAAACCCUCCGCCCAUCAUAUCUGCUAGUCGCUACGCAAGCAAGAGUGCCGAAGAGCUUUGUCUUGUGACAGAGGUAUUCACUUCUACCGGAUCACCUCCAUCGUUUCGUACCUACCUCUCAUUUUCAAUCAUUGGUAUGUUAGUUUAUAUAUUUCAUUGUGUGACCAAGCACUGA